CCGCCCAGAAAUUUCCUAGCUAGCGGCAUGGCCUGCCUGUUGCGGCGGCCGGGGACAGCCAAUCUGGCGACGAGGAUGAGCUGCCGUGUACUGCACGAAGUCACGGGUGGGCUGUCGCUGGGCGAGAUUAUUGGAGCCACGAAUCUGCGGAAGAGCACGCCCGAGGAGUACCGAGUGCUGCGCGACAUUCUCACCUCCUUCGAGCGGUACAGGGGUGUGGGCAACGACAUCCAGCUGACGCUGCAGGAGCGCGUGGCCAACGAGGUGAUCAUGUGCGAGAAGAAGAGAGAGUACCAGAAGGGCAUACUGGACCCCACCAAGUUCGCACCGGGCUACCACAUCUUCCAGGUGCUGCACAAGAUCCGCAAUUCGCCGCUCUUCAAUAUCCUCACCAAGAUGCCCAAGGGGGCCCUCAAGGUGCACGACGCCUCCCUGUGCAGCACAGACUACCUCAUCCAGCUGAUGUACAAGGAACACCUCUGGGUGUGCACCACCAACGAGGGCUGCAACGUGGCUGAGUUCCGAUUCGCCCAGGAGAAGCCCACGAAAGGUCUCUUCCCGGAGGGCCAGUGGCAGACGAUGGAGCAGCUGCGCGAGCACCGCGGCGUGGAGAAACUCAACAAAUAUCUGCGGCGACGCUUCAGCAUGUAUCAGAAGGCCAGCUUCAGCAAUAACGCGGAGGCCUGGCGCCACAUGAUGGGCAUCUUCCAGCUGCUGAAUGGCCUCAUUCAGUACGCGCCCGUGUGGGCCGAGUACUACUAUCAGGCCCUCAAGGAGUUCCGAGCCGACGGUGUGCAGUACAUGGAGGUGCGGACAACGAUGCCCCAGCUGUACUGUCUGGACGGGCAGAGGUUGCCUGUGCGCGACACCGUGCAAAUCUACAAGGAUGUCCUGACCCGUUUCAAGAAGGACUACCCAGACUUCAUCGGCUCCAAGCUCAUCUACGCCCCGCUGCGGCAUGUCCAGCCAGAGGUGGUGGGACAAUUUGUCAAGGAAUGCACCGAACUAAAUAAAGAGUUCCCUGGCUUUGUGAUUGGCUUCGAUCUGGUGGGGCAGGAGGACGUGGGCCAUCCGCUGAGCCAAUUCGUCGAGGAGCUAAUCAAGCUGCCGGACAACAUCAACUUUUACUUUCAUGCGGGACAGACCAACUGGUACGGCUCCCACGUGGACGAGAACCUGAUCGACGCCAUAAUGCUGGGCACGAAGCGCAUCGGACAUGGCUACACGAUCACCAAGCACCCGCUGCUGAUGCAGCUGGCCAAGUACAUGAACAUCGCCCUCGAGGUGUGUCCCGUCUCCAACCAGGUGCUGCAGCUGGGCUCCGACUACCGCAACCAUCCCGCAGCCACGCUGAUCGCCGAGAAUGUGCCGCUGGUCAUCUGCUCGGGCAAUCCAGCGUUCUGGUGCGCCUCACCGCUCUCGCACGACUACUACAUGGCCUUUCUGGGCAUUGCACCCAUGAAUGCCGAUCUGAAGUUCCUCAAGCGCAUCGCCAAGAACUCGAUCAGGUACAGUGCGCUCAAGGACGAGGCCAAAGCGAAGGCAAUGGAGAAGUGGAAAAAGAACUGGGACGAGUGGAUCAACGAUGUUGUCAAGAACAAAGACAAGACUCUCAAGGCAAGUGAGCAAUAAAAUUCCAUGGAAU